CCACAAGUGAAUUUGUUUAAACAUUUCGCUGGUUAAACAAACUGAUCGUGUCGUACCACGAAUCGACGAACCAGUCGCGACUUCAUAACGGGUUUGCGUGGAGCGGGAUUUCACGCUCGCCGGCCAAAUAUACUGAGUAAAAAGUUGGAUCAUUCGAAUAUACCACAAAACUAAAACGUGCAUUUAUUUUGCCUGCUUUUUCCGUUUCGUAUUUUUAGAUUUCGAAGUUCAAAUCUAAACUAUUGUGUCGAGAAAAAUGUUAAGUUCGACCGGUAGUUUUGUAUUUUAACAUUGUUUAUAACUGUUAACAGUUUACACUUAAGUCUGUGCAGAGAAUCCUUCAAUAUGGGGCCAGAUCAAAUAAAGCCAACGGACAGUGAAAUAUGCGCUGAACCAGAUGGAUGCGUUCGACUCAGAAUUCCACGCAGUGGAAAAGCAAUGGAAACGCUUCCGCCAAUUUCUGUUCCUGGUUAUGUUCAAAGGGCAGCACAAACUUUUCCGGACAAUGUUGCUCUCUCUUGGAAAGAGGGCAAAGUUUGGAAAACAUUUACUUAUAGUCAAUAUUUAGCAGAAAUAAGAAUAGUAGCAAAAGCCUUUAUACAAUUAGGUUUAGAAGAAAGACAUUCCGUAUGCAUACUGGGCUACAACAGCGUACAAUGGUUUCUAUCAGACUUAGCUGCUAUUUUUGCCGGGGGAAUUGCCGCUGGAAUAUAUACAACAAAUUCUCCAGAAGCGUGUCAAUAUUCGGCGGAAGUUAGCAGAGCUAAUAUAAUAGUAGUAGAAGAUGAGCAGCAAUUAAAAAAAAUUAUGAAAAUCCGAGCCAAUUUGCCAAAUGUGAAAGCUAUAAUACAAUAUUCUGGAGAACCUACAGACGAUAGCAUUCUCAGUUGGAAUGCUGUACUUAAAAUCGGCAAAGACGCCUCAGACACCAUUCUUGACACGAGGCUGCAAAAUAUUGCAAUAAACGAAUGCUGUACUCUAGUUUUUACCUCGGGAACACUGGGGAACCCCAAAGCUGUUAUGUUAAGCCACGAUAACUUAACCUACGAUGCAACAGCCAUAAUGGAAAGACUGAGACUCACUAGAGGUGAUGAGUUGAUUAUUAGUUACCUUCCAUUAAGUCAUGUAGCUGCACAAGUAGUGGACAUUUACUUGUCGAUGUGCGCUGGAGCGGCAGUCUAUUUUGCUGACAAAGAUGCUUUGAAGGGCAGCUUAGUUAACACUCUGCAAGAAGUUCGACCAACAAAGUUCUUAGGGGUUCCCAGAGUGUAUGAAAAAAUUUAUGAGAAAAUGCAACAAAUUGCUGCACAGAAUGGCUUCAUUAAGAGAGCCAUUGCAUCAUGGGCUAAACAGCACACCCUGCAACAUCAUUUGAAUCUCAUUAAUGGAAUUAACUCAAAGUCAUGGGCAUAUUCAUUGGCGAGUUCUAUAGUGUUCAGUAAAAUCAAAGAAGCUUUAGGGUUACAACGGUGUAAUUUCUUUUGCUCUGCAGCUGCACCCUUGUCUACGGACAUUAAAAAGUACUUUUUGAGCAUCGAUAUUCCCGUUAUGGAAUGUUUCGGAAUGUCAGAAGCAAGUGGAGGACACACUUUGGCCGUUGAAUCCGCUAAUAAUCUGACCAGUAUAGGUAUGACAAUUCCUGGACUGAAAACCAAAAUUUACAAUCCUGAAUCAGAUGGCCAAGGAGAACUGUGUAUGUAUGGAAGGCACGUUUUCAUGGGUUACAUCAAUGAAAUAGAAAAAACUAAAGAAGCGAUUGAUGAUGAUGGUUGGCUCCAUACAGGGGAUUUGGGACGCGUUGAUGAAAAGGGCCUUGUGUAUAUCACAGGAAGACUAAAGGAAUUGCUAAUUACUGCAGGGGGAGAGAAUGUUCCACCAGUACCAAUCGAACAAAAUGUUAAAUACGAACUUCCAUUCGUAAGUAACGCAUUCCUGAUAGGGGACAAGAGAAAGUACCUAUCGCUUCUAGUAACGUUAAAAACGGAAGUAGAGCCAAACAAUGGUGCUCCGUUGGAUACUUUACUGCCUUCUACUCAAGAGGCGCUGAAAUCUCUAGGAUGUCCUGCUACUACUGUAACGGAAGUACUAAAUGCCGGUCCUGAUCCCAAAUUGAUAGCAGCUCUGGAAGCUGGCAUAGAUCGUGCUAAUCAAAAAGCUACAUCUCGAGCGCAGCGUAUUCAGAAAGUUGCUGUUUUACCAGCCGAUUUUUCCAUUCCUACUGGAGAAUUGGGUCCUACAAUGAAAGUUAAAAGGAGAGUAGUGGAGAACAAGUACUCAGACAUCAUUGAAAAAUUAUACAACUAAAGAAAUAGCUAAUUAAAUAUAUAUAGAUGCAACGAAAUAUAUUUUAUAAUCAAUAUUUUGUUUGUACCAAUAAAGAAGGGUAAUUUCAUUAAAU